CGGCGGAGGGCAGGGGUUUGAGGAGACAGCCCUAGUGCCGCCCUCAGGCGGAGGGUGAUGCGAUCGGGGCUGUGCUGGGCCGCUCCGCCACCUCACGUGACAUCCCCGCGCCGUCGCCUCGUUGCCUCGGAGACUGGAAGCUACCAGGCUUCCUCCACGCGCCCCGGGCCCACGGGCGCCCGCCAGUAACCGCCUCCUCCGCGCCGCCGGGGGAUGCGGCCCGCGGCGCCAUGCGAGUCUGGAGUAAAGGCAUCAGCGGGCUCAGCGCUGCCGCCGCCGCCGCCGCCGCCGCCGCGGGGACCGGCCGCCUGCGCCCUCUUGGCGAGCGGGAUUUAAGCAUCUCUGUGGCAUCAUCUUUACAAACUCACAGUGUCAAGGGGAAAUUUUCCUUAUCGGGGAGUAGAAAGCUAUUCUUUGACACCCAUGCUCUAGUGUGCCUGCUGGAAGAAAAUGGUUUCACUACUCAGCAAUCGGAGAUCAUUGUAUCUGCGUUAGUGAAAAUUAUGAACACCAACAUGGAUGUGAUUUAUAAGGACAUGGUCACCAAAGUACAGCAGGAAAUCACUCUUCAGCAAAUAAUGUCUCAUAUUGGUGGUGUGAAAAAGGAUAUGAUUAUUUUAGAAAAGAGUGAAUUUUCAGCACUCCGAGCUGAAAAUGAGAAAGUAAAACUUGAACUCCAGAUGCUAAAGAAGCAAGUAAUGGAUGAAGUUACCAAAGUUCGUGCAGAUAACAAAUUAGGCUUCAAUCUGGAGAAGAGCAGAGUAAAAGAACUGUAUUCAGUUAAUGAGAAAAAACUGCUGGAAAUAAGGACAGAAAUAGUGGCAUUGCAUGCACAACAAGACCGAGCUCUAACUCAAACAGAUCGGAAAAUAGACACGGAAGUUGCAGGACUGAAAACAAUGUUGGAAUCGCACAAACUUGAUAAUAUUAAAUACUUAGCAGGUUCAGUAUUUACAUGUCUUACUGUAGCACUGGGAUUUUAUCGUCUGUGGAUAUAAUAAAGCAUCUAUUUAAAAGGACUUGUGCUCUCUUGCCUUAUGAAAAUCAAGGAUGUUUUCUCCUAGCUUCAUUCAGUCUUCACUUUAAAGCGAGUUGAUACUGUUUUAUUUAUAUUUAUUUUUUAAAAUAAUCUAUAUUGAAAAUGUAAGCAAAAUGUGCCUGGGAAUAAAUUGUUCGUGUAUCUCAAUAUAGAGAGAAGAUUGCCUCUGGCACAAACCAGGCAUAGUCUAGACAGCUCUGCCAAUUCCCCUCAAUCCUGACCUGCAAUAUCCUUUUCCUGUUGUAGUUUUAGAGCCUCAGUUAAGCAGACUGAAGGUUGUACCAAAUGGUGUAGUGACUGUGUGAGGUAGUGAAGAAUCCACUAGGAAUUAUAUGCCAGACUCUGCUGAGAUAUGCACGUGCAGUCGCAGUUGUAUGUUUCAGAACAGAAUUUGGUCAUAAAUUUAAAAUCUCCAAAUGUAUUUAAUUAGUGACCUUACGGCAAUUUUGGAUGUAGGCCUUUGGAGUGAAACACUACUGGAUUAAUGCAUAGCCUACACACUUCCUCUUCGUUAAUAAAAAUGUAUUCAUAUACUUAUAUUGUAAAGAAAUAUUUCUUUAUCUGUUAUGCAAAUUUUUAAAGUGUUUGCAUUAUGGUUUGUUUUCCAAAUUGCCGUCCAAACAAACAAUUAUGUUUCAUGAAAAGUGUUGUAUAAUAAAACAGUGUCUCUAUGACCUUUUUGGUUUUUUUUUACAUAGCAUUUUAAGAACUCUUAUUUAGGACACACAGGGUUCUGAAACUCAUUGCAUAUGAUGAUUUUAAAUUUUGUACUAAAACUGGAACAGAAGUUUGAAGAGCAGUAAGAUCUAAUAGCUUAUAUUAAUCUCUUCUACAAGCUUAUGUCGAGAUACAAACUGCUCUCUGUCACUGCUUGACUGAUAGAAAAGAAUUGCCUUUUUUUACUCUUGAGGUGAGAAUUAAAGCUGAUUAGUUCUCUUCUAGGGAGGAAAGAGCAAUUGGCUAUCACUUACUAGAGUGAUAGCCUUAGGGCUGUGGUCACUAAGGGAAAGUCUACGCUAGCUAUUUUCCCAAAAAUUCUACAAAUGGUACAGCUCCUCUACUGGUAGCAAUGGUAGGAGCACUAAUGUAGACUAGCCACUGGUGUGUUUAAACCUGCACAGAGCAAGGCCAUAUGAAAUGGUAGUUACAAUAUCAAUGCUUUCUCUACAUUAAUGCUUCCACUAGUGGUAGCAAUGAGGGGAAAUUAUAGGGAAAUGGGGCUAAUGUGUCCAGGGUCAAUCACCAAACAGAGCUGCCAGGUCCAAUCACUCUCAUUAACCUAGGGUUCUAUCUCUCCACUUAGCUUCUCUUUGUGUUUUCCCUCUCUCUGUGGGCUGAUGGUAAAGGCUGGCAGGUACCAUACCAGUUUUGCUCUCUGCUUUGUUUAUUGAAGUCCUGGCAGGCUGGCUAACUUUUGUAUAUAUACCCCAGUAGCCACUGAACUUUCUUGGCUGUUGGGGCUAUCAUUUGUUAUUCAAAGGCAGAGAGGAGGCCAGAUGGAGGUAGAAGUAUCUUUAUAAAAGCAAGGACUACCCUGGACCUAAAGGCUAAUGGAUAAUCAUUAAAAAUGUAACUCUAAUAACAACAGUCUGAGUUUAAUUGCUCUUAAUAGGAAAGACCAAUUGGUUAUUUUUAUUAAUGAUUCUUAAUUUAGUAAACCUUACCCUAGCUGCUAAGAGUUAAGAAACAACAUAAAUAAAAAGACUUCUGUAAAACACUGAAAAGGAGAGAACAUUUAAGAGGCAGUGUAAAGGAAGCUAGUAUUGCAAAACAACAUCCUCCAAAUUACUAGCAUCUUUUGAAUUGGUUUUGUUUGUUGAAAAACUAUAAAAAUUAUGCAACUCUUAAGGGUUGUGUUAAAGCUGGAUUUUUAUAUUUAUUUUAAAUGUCACUAUUAAAGUGUCAGGCGUUUUAAUUUAGGUAAACGUUAGGUGUGAUCUACUUCAGUCUUUUAUAUAUAAAAGCAUAUAGUGGGAACUAUAUAUUCUUGUUACACUGGAAUAUAAUCUCUGACCAGCUGGAUGCCUAAGCAGUUGAUGAAUUGUUGUAGGACUAAAAUACUAGUGAAUUGUAAAUUUAUUCUGCAUAUCUAAUUUCAAAUACAAAGUGAAUUCUGCUGAAAAGUGAGAUUCUUAUACAAGAGGAGUCUGACUUUUGCAGUGAAAUAAAGAUGCAAGAUUAUAAGAUUUAUUUAUUUUUUGCUCCAGAAAUGGAUCUUGAAGGAAAAACAGCGCACUCAAUGUUUGCUGUAGACUGGAAUUAAUAAAGUUCACAAAAAGGGGCAACGUACAUAAUAGGAAACAUUUAGUAUUCCAAGCCUGUAAAGUCUCCAGGUACGGUGCUCAAGGCCAUGAAAUUUCUAAAUCAGAUAUGUUAGAUGCAAAACCUUCAUUGAUCAGGGAACACGGUACAGUUUGCUAUGCAUUUAAAAGCCAUUGCAGAUCAAUUAUGAUAGUUUCUGACAUAUUCAUGCAAGCUGUAAUAUCUUUACCUGCAUUGGCAUUAAAAAAAGUGCAAAAUCCCUUUCUGCAUUUGAAAAGCUCAAAUAAAUCCCUUCCAAUCUGAUCCUUAAAAUCAAAAUCCAGCUUACUGAUACAGAUGAGGAGCAAGCACAUCAGCACCCAUGAACUAGUUUUUGGAAUAUUAAGAUUUGAUCCAAAGAACAAAUAACUACAAGCAGCAACUGGGAAACCUAACUCCACUGCCAUUAAUUUUCCAUUCCUUAAUUUCUCUAAAAGCUUGUUUCUGCACAGUUGCUACAUAAUGUCUUCAGUAUUAUAGCAUAUUUCUCAUCAGAAUUUGAAACUUAUUUCUUUAUCUGAUUUCAAAAUUUCACCUUUGUACUGGCAGACCUCAGUUCAGAAGGUGCGAUCAUCUGGCAUAGUUGGAAACUGAGGGGGCUUUUGUCUUUCUAUAAAAUCACUGCAAUUCUGAAAGUUUCAAGGCAGCCUACAUUUCUAUCAAUAGUCUUGUAUGCUGCUAAGCAGGAAAUGGGUGUUCAGGUCUUGAGCACCUUUAGGCCAGCAUGAACAGAAAGUUCUGCAGAGGGGAUUGUGUGGGGCUGGCGUUGGGCAGAGAGAGUAUUACAGUCUUCCUCUACCAGAAAUACAGGUUGAUCCUAUAAUAAGCCUUGGCGCACCGGGGAGCAAAUGUGGAUCAAGGAGGAACUCUCACAAAACAAACUUUACAUGUUGUGACAGGGUCGGGCCAGCUGGUUACAGGAGAGUAAUAGAAGGCAGAUAUAUUAGCCCCAGGCUAAGUAGGUCCCUUUUCCCUGGGUAAGGUAACAGGGAAGUUUCCAGAACAAUCAGGAAGCUUCUGGAGACAAUUAAGACAGGCUGAUUAGAACACCUGCAGCCAAUCAAGAAGCUGCUAGAAUCAAUUAAGGCAGGCUAAUCAGGGCACCUGGGUUUUAAAAAGGAGCUCACUUCAGUUUGUGGUGUGCAUGUGAGGAGCUAGGAGCAAAAGGCACUAGGAGCUGAGAGUGAGAACGUGGACUGUUGGAGGACUGAGGUGUACAAGCAUUAUCAGACACCAGGAGGAAGGUCCUAUGGUGAGGAUAAAGAAGGUGUUGGGAGGAGGCCAUGGGGAAGUAGCCUAGGGAGUUGUAGCUGUUGCACAGCUGUUCCAGGAGGCACUCUAGACAGCUGCAUUCCACAGGGCCCUGGGCUGGAACCUGGAGUAGAGGGUGGACCUGGGUUUUCCCCCCAACUCCUGGUCAGAUACAGGAGGGCUUGACCUGGACUGUGGGACCAGAAAAAUUGCUAAGCUGAGGGUUGCUGUGAAGCUCCAAGGCAAGCAAAUCCAUCAAUAAGCACAAGACCCACCAAGGUAGAGCAGGAACUUUGUCACAAUGUAAAUAUACUAGUAAGAAGAAGAAACUGAGAUUGGAGUUCUUGCUGGCUUUUUUGCUUACAUUUUUGUUUUUUUAAUUAAAAUCUGUAACCAAAAAAGGCCUCUUUCCCUAGUAAGUUCUAACCUAUUUCUGUUUCCUUACAGCUAAAUUACCUAGCCCCGUCUCUAUUUUGUCCUUUUUCAAGUGUGGUGUUAAAGGCUUACGUGCUAAAACCAUGAGUGGAGAAAGAAGAGUUGUUUAAAGCUAGGUAUUUUCUUUGCAUUAACUGGAAAUGUUCCUUGAUUCUUCUACACAUAUGAUCUGCCUUAAUGUUAAUGUACUGUGUAUCUGUCUUCACAGCGCCAGAAGCAGUCUAUUGCUUUUAACUACAUAUACCUGAUUCCUCUGAUGUAAUUGCUGAAUGUUGUUGUUCUUACUUUAUCCAUUUUUAUAUACCCUGGCAUAGGUAAUCUGCAUCCUUUUUCCUAUUCCUCUGCCUGUCUAUGCCAGCAAACAGCCUAGCCACUCGAGGUCUUGUCACUAACAUUUUAUCUGUUUGUCUCACUUUUAAACCAUUUGCUUCUAUAUGAUAAGAAACUGCCUUGGAUCUUGAAAUUUGACGAAAAUAUUAGAAUAAUAAUUAAAACCAUCUAAAAUCAGAAUCAUAUCUCAAGCCAAAAGUUUGACUAUACUGAAAAUAUGCUAAAAGCUUUAAAGUGUGAUUAUGGUUAGUAAAUGACCAUAUAAAAUAUGUACUCCCUGCGUGAAGUCCUGGCCCCACUAAAGUCAAUGGCAAAAUUCCUUAUUGACUUCAGUGGAGCCAGGAUUUCACCCUAUAUGUAUUGCAAAUCCUGUCUGCUUUACUUACAGGAAAAAAGUGAUUGGUAGUUUUGUGUUUUUGGUUUUUGGUUUUUUUGUUUUUUUUUUACUCCUGAUACCACCUGCAGACCCGAUACAGCACAGUUUAUUUUUUUCUAUCAGCAUAAUUGUUAGCUGAAUUCCAGUUGCUAAUUUGUUAUUACUGGUCACAAUGCAUGGGGAAGACUGACUUUUUUCAUCCCAUUGUAAGUUUUCAGGGCUCAAAUACAAGGAUCUUUUUGCUUCUAAACUAAGUAAAUUCUAUUUGAAAGACACUGAACAUGAAACAGCACAAUUCAUACAUAGUCACUUUUCAUGCUAUAA